AUAGACCCUACCCCGUGGUAUGUAGGCUCGUUGACGUCAGAGCCGAUUUGUAAUUUGACGUGUAAAUAUUCUCGCCCACUUCCAAGGUUUACUCUCCGCUUGCUUUCCUAGAUGGUUCAAUAAGGCAAUAACGCCGUGACAGGUACUCUUUCCCACCCUGCACUUUGAAGGAAAAAAUACAUGCAAGUCGAGCCAAUUUAUUUAAUAUUACUUGCAUUUUUGUUUUUAAUUUGUUGUCUUGUAUGCCUUCCAAGAGCAUCAAUCAAAUAUAUUUUUAAUCUAAUCGUAUUUUCUCUGAGAUGGAAAUGAGAUGUCGCCGAACAACGGUGAUGUGCUGUGCUCUUGCGGUUCUCUGCUCCAUCGCUCGUUCCGUAAAUGCUUCAUUCGGGGACAGACAGUACCUCAACGAAUGGGCGGUGGAGAUUCCCGGAGGACUGGACGCCGCCAGGUCCAUUGCCAAAGAACUGGACUACCGAGUAGUCCGCCAGAUUGGGGCGCUAGAAAACCAUUACUUGUUCAAACACCAGACUCAUCCCAGCAGGACGAAACGAAGUGCCGAUCACAUCACCAAACGCCUGUCCGAGGAUGAUCGGGUAUCGUGGGCGGAGCAACAAUAUGAGAAGCGGCGCAGUAAGCGGGCGUCACUGGGGUCAUGCCGGGACUGUCCGGUGGACGAGCUGUUCAAUGACCCUAUGUGGAACCAGCAGUGGUACCUGCAAGACACUCGGACGUCGUCCUCCCUGCCCAAGCUGGACCUCCACGUGAUUCCUGUGUGGAAGAAAGGGUUCACAGGAAAAGGAGUGGUCAUCACCGUGCUGGACGACGGUCUGGAGUGGAACCACACCGACAUCUACCCCAACUAUGACACAGCAGCCAGCUACGAUUUCAAUGACAACGACCCUGACCCCUUCCCCAGGUACGACUCCACCAAUGAGAACAAGCAUGGGACCAGGUGUGCCGGUGAGAUCGCCAUGCAGGCAGACAACAAUAAAUGUGGAGUCGGGGUGGCGUACAACUCCAAGGUUGGAGGGAUCCGCAUGUUGGACGGUAUCGUGACGGAUGCCAUCGAGGCCAGUUCUAUUGGCUUCAAUUCGGACCACGUGGACAUCUACAGUGCCAGCUGGGGACCCAACGACGAUGGAAAAACAGUCGAGGGUCCCGGUCGCCUUGCGUCAAAAGCCUUUGAGUACGGCAUCCAGAAGGGCCGGGGAGGGAAGGGCUCUAUCUUCGUGUGGGCAUCAGGAAACGGGGGCCGCCAGGGGGACAACUGCGACUGCGACGGCUACACAGACAGCAUCUACACCAUCUCCAUCAGCAGUGCCUCCCAGCAGGGCCUGUCCCCCUGGUACGCUGAGAAGUGCUCCUCCACCCUGGCUACCGCUUACAGCAGCGGAGACUACACUGACCAGAGAAUAACCAGUGCUGAUUUGCAUAAUGAAUGCACAGAGACACACACAGGAACCUCCGCCUCCGCCCCACUAGCUGCUGGGAUAUUUGCCCUCGCACUGGAACAGAACCCUGAGCUGACGUGGAGGGAUCUGCAGCACUUGGUGGUGUGGACGUCUGAGUUCGACCCGCUGGCCAACAACCCCGGCUGGAAGAGGAACGGGGCAGGCCUGAUGGUCAACAGUCGUUUUGGCUUCGGCCUGCUCAAUGCCAAGGCCCUGGUGGACCUGGCCGACCCGGCCACCUGGAAACACGUCCCUGAGAAGAAACAGUGCAUAAUCAGGGAUGACUCCUUCCAGCCCAGGGCAUUGAAAGCAGCAGGAGAGAUCACCAUUGAGAUCCCCACCAAGGCCUGUAAUGGCCAGGACAACGCUGUCCUCUCACUGGAGCAUGUGCAAGUGGAGGCCAGCAUCGAGUACACCAGGAGAGGAGACCUACACAUCACACUCACAUCCCCAUCAGGCACUAGCACGGUCCUGCUGGCAGAGAGAGAGAGGGACAUGUCAUCUAACGGCUUCAGGAACUGGGACUUCAUGUCUGUUCACACCUGGGGAGAAGACCCCACUGGCACCUGGACCCUCAAGAUAACUGACACGUCCGGGCGGAUGGAGAAUGAAGGCCAGAUCCUGACCUGGAAGUUGAUUCUCCACGGCACGUCAGAGAAGCCCGAGCACAUGAAGAAACCCAGAGUGUAUGUCCCUUACAACGCUGUCCAGAAUGACCGUAGAGGAGUAGAGCACAUGGACGACAUGAUGGAGGAACUGUCCACCCAGGCUGAGGCCCACUCACCGCAGAAGACUCAACCCCCUCCUUCUGCCACCCCCAAGAUGAAGCAGAUGAGGCCCUCCUCCCCACCCCUGUCACCCUCCCUGGCCCUCCUGCGUCUCCUCCAGAUGGCCUUCAACCGGCAGACCCCCGCCGCCCUGCCCCAGUCCCCAGAAAAGGCCCCCUCUAGCAGGGGAGAGCAGCACCAGGGCAGGCCAUACUCCAUUCCAGGGGGAGCAGGCCCUCGCAUCACUCCCCAGAAGCUGUACCAGGCCCUGGACAGGAUCAACCAGUACCAGCGGGCCGGGCAGGAUGAAAGCCUUUACAGUGACUACAGUGACGGCUUCUACAGCGCCAAGCCCUACAGGCACAGAGAUGACCGGCUGCUGCAGGCACUCUUCAACAUGCUCUCUAACGACAGGCAGUGAGGGAGGGGGGGCAUGGGGUGGAACUCAGUGUGUGCAGGCUUUUGUUCCAGACCCAACAUAUCCACCCCUGUAGGAUUCAGGGCCGAUUGAACUAAUCAUGGUCUACAUUGAAGAUUGUGCUUAGUUAACUACCGGUAGUUGAAUCAGGCGUGUUAGUGCUGGGCUCAAGCCUACACAUCCCUGCGGUUCUCCUUGGUCAAGAUUGGCCACCCCGGGGUAAGGUGUGAGAGAGAUAGGGUGAGGAGGCGGCGGCUGGGCAUGGAAGGAGCAUGCGAGAGAGAGCGGGAGAGUGAAAGCCAGAGAGAAACUCUUCCAGCCAAAUGUGUUGUUGUUUUUCCAAAACUCUGCUUUUCUUACCUUGCAGCAUUCUAUCCUGUCUCUCUGUCUAUCUGUCUUUCAUUCUGCACAGUUGUAGGUCGGUUGCAUCUCAAUUCCCGGAAGUAGCUUCCCUUCCUCCUCCCCCUCCUCCUAAUGUAGUGAAACCUAGCUAGCCCAUAGACUUCCACCAUAUUGUUUAAGUCUUCUAAGAUCAGUAUGCAUGAAAGAAAAGGGGGCCCAAAUAGAAUACUUAGAUUCAACUAGGAUUCCAUUCCACCCGCCUCCUCCAGCCAUCUAUCCACCUCUAUCCACCAUCAUUCCACCCCCUUCCUCCAGCCAUCUAUCCACCACCUCCUCCAACCACCUAUCCACCUCUAUCCACCAUCAUUCCACCCCUCCACCAGCUAUCUAUCCACCAUCAUUCCAUCCCUUCCUCCAGCCAUCUUUCCACCUCAGGAUGGGUCCCAAUAGUCUUAAAGGGACACUUCACUUCAAAACAAAAGUUAGUAAGAUGUUUUCAGGCCUCAAAAGUGGUCUGGUGUAGAGAUGAGUUCACGUACCAGGACAAGUGUUUUUUAGAUCCAACUGUAUGCCUCAACCCCAAAUUAAUGAAAAAAUAUAGACACUGAAUAAAAUGAGGAAAUGUAUUUCCAUUCAUUCCAGAUUAAGGAAAGGUAUUUCCAUUCAUUCCAGAUUUGGCAUAUAUAUGUAGCUGGAUCUACUCAAGAUUUGACACGGGACAUAGACUCAUCUGUUCAUAACUUUUUGGGUAUGAAUCGUCAGACAAAACAAACUUAAUUUUUGAGUCCCAAGAGACAGAGAGAAAAAUAUUAAUAAUUGUAUAUAUUUAGUAUAUCAAUUAUAUUUUGAGGUUCUAUUUAUCACCUUUACCUAUCAGUGGUAUUGAAGAAAUGGAGACAAGAGAAGGAGACAAGAGAAGGAGAUAAGGAAAUAACAUUAAGACUUUUGGGACACAGCCCUAUUCUCCCUUCACUCUACCACCUGCUUGAGCAUGCUACCUUCAGAAUAUAAAUUUCAUAAUUGUAUUAUGACUGACAUGAUCAAAUAUUAUACAAAGACAAUGAUUGUUAUGUUGUUUUUAAAUAUACUUGGACUCUAAAAUAUCCACCUCUCUAAACUCCAACUCUGAAAUAUCGAUUUAAUAUUUAUACUUUGACAUGUUUAUUUUGUCAUGUAUUUGUUUUCUGUAAGAGUAGAAGUACUCACUGUGCUACUGUAUCUUAAACCCAAAUCCUAAUUUGAAGAAUGUGAUUUUAAGAUAAAUGCACAAUUUCAAGUUAGGUUUACGACUAUACUUUAAUAUGCAUAAAAAAUGCAGUCCCCGUACUGAUUGUUUUUCAAACUGAAAGCUCAAAGAUGUUGAUAUGUGGCAUAUUCUUCACAGGGUGUCAACAAAGCAUUGGAGAGUUUGAGAACAGCAGUCUUUUACCCGGUCCUCUUGAGAAAAAAAAGUUCAGUUCUUGGGGAAAUUCUUCAAAUAUUUAAUUUUUUAAACAACAACAUACAGUCUAAAACAAAAUAUUUAUUUAACCUUUAUUUAACCAGGCAAGUCAGUUAAGAACAAAUUCUUAUUUUCAAUGACGGCCUAGGAACAGUGGGUUAACUGCCUGUUCAGGGGCAGAACGACAGAUUUGUACGUGUCAGCUCAGGUUUUUUUUUAACUUGCAACUUUCCGGUUACUAGUCCAACGCUCUAACCACUAGGCUACCCUGCCGCCCCACAAAAUAAAUUGGGAAGAUAACUGACCAAGAAUCAAUUGGUUGUGUCAUUUUUAUGGAUGUCAUCCGACCUUAUAAGAUAUAUAUAGAUAUGAUGAAUAUGAUUGAAGCUUUUGCAAAUUGGCAAUGUUGAAACCAUCUGAAUACUUAUGUAUUUUAACUGCUCAUAUAAAAUAACUAUAAAAAACAUUUUCUUAAGUAUCAUACAAAUGUUGUGCAAUUUGAUUCAUUUUAUAUUCAAAAGUACAAUGCUGCAUUAAAUGAAAUAUUUUUCUAAAAAAAUAUAUAUAUGUAUAUAUUUAUAUAUAUAUAUAUAUAUCCCUUAAAGUCAUUUUAUUUUAGAUUUAGUCAAAUUCUAGGUUUAUAUUAAUACAAACUAAAUGGAAUUAUUAAUAGAAAUGAACACUGCCAAACUGUUGUGCUGCCAAAUUUUGUAAAAGUUUUCCUGUGUUUGGGUGAUUGUAAAACAGGCUUCGAUGUUGUUGCUUCAUUUACAAACUCAUAUUAAUACAACUACAUGGUUAUAUGCAACUUAUUGGAUAUGUCCAUUUAUACAAUAUUUUGGUAUUAGUGGACUUUCCUGAUUCAAUCCAGUUAUACUUUACUGUAGGCGGGGCUUCACACCAAAAAACCAUAACACAUUUAUAGUAUAAUGCCUUCAUAUGCCCUACAUAAACAUUCACGUUUAUGCUCAACUGCAGGUUGGUAGAUGUCACUGCAUUAUCUUAUGGCAACUUGCGGCUGAUAAGCUUAGCUGACAUUUGCAUGUAUAAAUGCUUAUGUAGUGAUUAUGACAGUGUUAGGAACUGCUAUGAAUGUGCUACGUAGCCCUAUGUAUGUAAAGCCCCAUACACUAUAGUGUUAAGUAUCCCCUGUUUUCUGUGGUAUUGGCUCUAGCUCUACUCUCUGCCAAACAAGGUGAAAGAUUGAGAUGACAGAUGAAGAAUGGUUUACAUGCAUCCUGUAAUUUAUACAUCUUUCAAUGUAGCCAGUGUUGUAGAUCUGUUUGUUAAUAUUUUGGAUUUGAUUGAUGCUUCUGUCCAAUGUUGUUCACAACAGCUGAAAUAUGUCGCUAUUUAUGUAUGGAUGUACAAAAUGAGAUUUAUCGUAAUAAACUGCAAAGUAACCUGGUGAA